AUGUGCUACGGCGACUCAGUCUUCAUAACCUGCCCCCGCUGUAACACCACAGAGCAGAUUUUCGAACAACAGGGCGUCUGCCCCUUUGGCUCUUCUCCACCAGAGACCUGGUGGAUUCUCCCCUGUGUCAUACUCGGAGAGUUCUCGCUCAAUGAGCCUUGCAACUCAUGCUCCCAUCUCUUCAACUGGUUCGACAAUCUCGCUUCGCCGACUUCUCAGAUUUCUCUGACUGACUCUACGAAUGGCGACGACUCCGCUCUUCUCAAGAACUCAAAUCACGAAGAUGUUUGUAAUUGUAGUUAUUUGGCUUCCGUGUCAUCAGAGGAAUCCUACACAGACGACCCUGAAGAACACCUCCACCUCAUCUGCACAUGGUACGAGGACAUCGAGCACCACCUCAACUCCAUCCGCCGCUCAAUCCCCUCCAUACGCACCCGCUGCAUCGCCACCAAAAACGUCGCUCUGAUCCUCAAACUCGGUCUCCUCGAAGCCAGCAUCGAAACCACACUCACUGAAUCCCUGCAACAACUCGAAUAUAUCAUUGAACUUUCUACUUGGUUGCGCCUAUGCGCCGGAGGAGAAAAUGAUGAUGUUGAGCCUGAUGAUAUCCGAUCUGCGCUUUUUGAGAUGAGGAUGAACUAUUGUGAUUUGUGUAGUGAUGAGGGGUGUGCUGAUGCUGUUACUAAAGGGUUCGGGGUUGCGGUUGGUGAGGUUUGGGGUGCUUUGGAAGCUGCUGAGGAGGUGUGCAGAAGGGAAGCUGUGAUUUAUGGUGUUGGACUUGAGGUUCCUGAGACGAAGGAGAAGAGGAAAUCUUUCGUUGAUAGAGUUCUUAGUAUGAUUGUGGCUUGA